ACAGCAGAAUAUCGCAGACGAGAUGAUCUCUUUUGCCAAAAUUCCGGGUAUCCUCAACUCGGAUGAUAUCAUCUCAUAUGCGAUUUCGUACCGCCAGCAACCCAGGGAGGCAGUCUCAGUCCUAGGAGUCGUUCCAUCCACUCUCUAUUGCAUGAUUCCACCUGUGAAUCCUGAGUUGAGUAAUAUUGAGAACGUGCAGCCUGCAGGCGUAAACCCAGGACUCUUUGGUAGUCCUAGUGUGCCCGUAGUGCCGUUUGGAUCUGGUAUGUCUUCCCUCAAAAUAAAAGGAUGGAUUUGAUGACCGGACGGACGAUGCUUAUAGAUGGCACUUGCCCAUACGGCUCCACCCCAGAUGUUAGCAUAUGUGCUUGCGCAACCAUCAAUGGAACCACUGGAGCUUCCAGCGUUCCCAUUCCAGUUCCAGCAAAUACCACCAACUCGACCUUAACCGGUGCCAAUUCCACUUUGACCGGAAGUGAUCUGACGAACGGUACCGGAGUAAACGCCACCUCUACUUCGACCAGCAGUGCCGCAACGUUGAAUGGCACGGAUACCACCAACUCUCCUUUGACAGGCAGCGGUUCGACUGGCACGGACUCCACUUUGACUGGCAGCGAUUCGACAAAUGGCACGGAUAUCACGAACUCCACUUUGACCGGCAGCGGUUCGACAAAUGGCACGGAUACCACCAACUCUACUUUGACCGGCAGCGAUUCGACAAAUAGCACAGAUAGUGCCGACAGUUCGACACUUACCUUCAGUAGUUCAGGAGCUACUAGCACAGGGAUCAGUGCCACUGUUAGCAUAGAUACCGCCACAGCUAGUGCUACUGCGACGUUGAUUACUAGCACUGACAGCACUGACGCGAGCAUUACCUCCACCGCAAGUGCAAAUGCGUCCACGGGAACAUCGGGAGUAACUUUCGAUGGCAAUAUUCACGAUCCAGCUGGACGUUAGAGAUAAGAUAGUCAUAUACUUGUUGUAAUGUUUUGAGAGUAAUGAAGACUGUUGUCGAG